CCAUGUGGUUUUCGCUCGUUUGGUAAAAAACGUACGUUUUGCCAAAAAACGCUCGAACUGUUUUGGGAUACCCAAGUUGGCCCAAGUACACUGCCCAAACCAUCCCAUGUGCCAUCACAGCAGCUGCCCUGCCACUUUGUCCACUUCCAGAGCUGGCUACUCACAGGCCGUGUCAUGGGCUCGGCCAGUUCCCAUCGGGAAGUCAAGGCACGCCUUCAGUGAAAAGACCACACAGAUCAUCAGCCAGGCCUUGCGAAUCACCGAGAUCACUUUGCUGAUCCUCAAGGCCGCCGACUGCGGCUUGAUGUUCCUCAAGGUAGUCUGCCUCCUUAUCACUGAGCUGUCGGUACUUGUCCUCCAGGGUCUUGAUCAGGAACUGCUGGGAACUGAUCUUCAGGGACAAGGCACCUCACGCUUGGGAGUUUCAACUUUGUCUCCAUCGGAAAGCUUGUGGCAAUCCUUCUUCGACGAGGAUAGCACCUGGCAAAAGGCAAGACCCUGUUCACCGCUUCUGGGAAUUCGCAUAGGACUGCCCAUAGCGGGGAGGUACCUCCACAGCUGGCCGCUCGCAGCGCCGAGAUGCUUCUCCAGCUGGCUCUCCAGGAAUGAUGGGUGACCUCCCACGUCUGGUGCAUGGCUGAGACGCAACCUUCAAGUCAGCCAUCUUCACAGAAAGUCCAGAAGAACCUGCACAUGUGGUAUGCUUCAAAGAAUGUCUAUGCCCUCUCGUGUGCACAAUGCAUACAGCACCUGCUGAAGGGCGCACUGGGAAAAAGGGCACAGGGAGGCAGGUUGAAAACAGAGCCAAAAUGGCUCAAUCAUCCCAAAAUUCUUAUCAUCAUGAAAAACGCUCGAAUUUCCAGAAAGUGCUCGAGAGAGCCAAUUUGCGCUACAACCUGG